AUGUCGUUGUUGGCUGCGAGUGGCGGCGACACCGUCAAACUUUUCGACGCUUCCGAUAAGCUAUUCGACUCUUCCAUCAACUCCGGCGAUCCUUGCAUCCUUAACUUCACUCCUUCUCCUGGCUUUCAAGUCAAUUCAGUCAAGUGGAAUCACACUAAUUUGGUUGUUGCAAGUGCGGGUGAUGAUAAUAGGAUCUCUUUCUGGCGGAAGAAUGGACACAGCAUGGGGACUAUUCCGGUUGAUAAUGUUGACAACGUUGAGGAGUCAAUACUGGCUAUCAGUUUCAGCAACAAGGCAUCCAGAUAUAUGUGUUCUGGAGGAAGUGAUCAAGUUGUAAAGAUAUGGGAUUUGCAAAGGAAGCGCUGUAUUAAAAGGUUUAAGGGUCAUACUAAUACUGUCACAGGUGUAAUGUACAAUUGUAAAGACGAGCAUUUGGCUUCUAUCAGCCUCAACGGGGACCUUAUACUUCAUAACCUUGCCUCUGGGCAAAGGACAGCUGAACUCAAAGAUCCCAAUCAACAGAUGUUGAGAGUUCUUGAUUAUUCUCGGGUUAGUCGUCACCUUCUUGUGACAGCUGGCGAUGAUGGGACAGUACAUCUGUGGGAUACAACUGGACGCAGCCCUAAGGUUUCAUGGAUGAAGCAGCAUUCGGCACCAACUGCUGGCAUUAGCUUCUCUCCAUCCAACGAUAAGAUCAUUGCUAGUGUUGGCCUUGAUAAGAAAUUAUACAUUUAUGACUCUGGAUCUAGAAGAACAACAUCUUCCAUUUCUUGCGAAGCUCCUUUUUCUUCUGUAGCCUUCAAAGAUGAUGGUUGGAUGCUGGCUGCCGGAACUAGCAAUGGACGUGUGGCUUUCUAUGAUGUCCGUGGAAAACCACAACCUUUUGGUGUUCUUCAUGCUUAUGGUAGUUCAGAGGCUGUUACAAGCUUAUGUUGGCAAAGAUCAAAACCAGUUGUUGUCGAUGAAAGGAAUUGCACUGCUGAGACUGCUCUUGUGGGAGAUUCUGUUGAAGAUUCAAUCCUUAUGCCUGAUCCUUUACCUCCUGCAACUUCAUCUAGCUUUCCCCUAUCUACAUCAGUGUCUGGUACUUGGAAUUCUGGUCGGCUGGGUGCUUCCAUUGACACAUCUUUGCUUGCAACAUCCGGCAGUGAAUUUAUAACAAGCCUGCCAACUGUGUCUAUUGGAGAGGAAACACCACUUCGAAACAAUUUACGGCUAGGUGGAACACUGUCCAGGUUGAAUGCUCCGCGUUAUAAAUUGACGGAGGAAAUAGAUGUAUUCUCCCCUCUUGUGGAUGUUACACCAAUAACACCUUCAAUGUGGGAUGGAAAUGGGGUAAAGAAGGAUAUUUUAUCAUCCAGUCGAAGAUUUCCAAAUUCAGAAGUCGUAAGCAGUGAUCAUGCAAUAGCUGAUUGGAAGUCUGGCUCAACUACCAAGCAGGAUAUCACUCAAUCUUCCUUUCCAUUUGCGGGGUUAACUCCUCCAUCCACGAAGAGUGAAGAAUCUUCCAUCACUCCUCCAGAGGCAUGGGGUGGGGAGAAGUUAGCUGAUAAAUAUAUUUAUCCACGUCAGGCAAAUGCACCAUCUCGAUUUGGGAUGUUAGCUUCCAGUGGCCAGGCAGCAGGGUUGACGCAUUCUGGAGUGCAGGAUACAUCCUCAUCAUCUGGUAUCAGUCCCUAUACCAGUUCAAGCCUAAAUUUUUCCAAUUUACGCACCAAAGAUGUUUCUACAGGCCAGGAGACUCCAUUGGGGUUUUCUGAUCACAUGUUCUCUACUUCUUUGCCUUUUCCCAUCAAUACAAAAGCCAGCAUUGGACAGGCAAACAUUGACUCUCCAAAAAUAUCUGAUUCUCCUAGAAUGCAAUCCUUUUCUAAAAGAAUUUCUAGUUAUGCAGAAAGAAUAAGCACUGCACCUGCCUUCGGAGAUGGUGCAUCUCUUGCAGUUGGUUCACCUAAGAUUAAGAAAUCAGGAGCAGAAACCAGAGAAGAACUUCUAAAUAGCUUGCUAUGGAAGUCAGAAAUAUCUAUCCCAACAGAAUCGGGCUCUCUCCUGACAAAUGGAACAAUACCACAACAGAAAGCAUCUCAGUCAGAUGCACAAGGAUCUUCAUUUACUCUUCAGCUUUUUCAGCGGACGCUGAACGAAACUCUAGGUUCCUUUCAGAAAUCUAUACACGAGGAUGUGAGAAACGUCCAUCUUGAAGUAUUAAGACAGUCUCAUCUGCACGAGAUAGAAAUGUCCACUAUGAUGAACUUAAUUCUGGAAAAUCAAGCUAAGUUGGUGAAAGAAAUGGAGGCUCUGCGUAAGGAAAACGAGCAGCUUAGACAAUUGCUUUGA